ACAACAAACGCAGCCUUCGUGGAAACUUUUAAACUUUUUGAUCCUACCGGUGUUAACUGUCAAUUAACUAUGACCCCAAUCCUUCGUUGCUAAGUUUUCUCCCUCUCUAUAAUUUACAUUUUCUUUGCUUCUUAAUCACCCUCUUGUAUAAACUCUCUUCAAUUUUGUUUCCUUUCUCUUCUCCAAAAUCAUGGGCCAAAGUCUUGAUUCAAUGACGCAAAAACAAUCCAAAGACGAACUUCUGUAUCAGCUGGCAAUUGCCGGAAAUGUGGACGCCGUUAAAGCUCUUUGUAGUGAAGGGGCUAUCCUUGAGUGGAUUGACAGAGAUGGAAAGACCCCUCUUAUAGUGGCUUGUAUGGAUUCUGGAUUGUAUAAUGUUGCCAAAGUUUUGAUUGAAAUGGGAGCCAAUGUCAAUGCUUAUCGUCCAGGGCGUCAUGCGGGUACCCCUUUACAUCAUGCGGUGAAAAGAGGCCUGGAGCAGACUGUUAAGUUACUUCUCUCAAGUGGAGCGAAUGCUUUAGUGAGAAAUGAUGAUUGUCAAACUGCACUUGAUGUUGCAAGAAUAAAGGGGAAUAUAAAUAUUGUGCGCACUAUUGAGAGUCACAUUUGCUAUUUCACUGGCUGGCUGCGGGAGUUUUAUGGUCCAGGAUUUCUCAGAGCAUUCGCUCCUCAAUUUUUAUCAAGAAAAAUCUGGGCUGCUGUUAUACCACAAGGUUCCAGCAAUCCCAUGACGCCCAAGAAGCUGGAGCUUGUGAUAUAUCCUUCUUCCCAGGAUGUACAACCUCGUACAGUAAUUGCUCUUUGGAAUGCUGAAAUUGAGGAACCUAACUUCAAUAGACCAGAUCCUGAGCUUACUAUUUUUGACCAGUCAACUAAAACUCAAUACAAACUUGCAUCUGCCAAUGAGGGUGAUAAACAGCAGCUUCACUGGUUAUAUGAUGCAUGCAGCGGAAUUCCCCAGGUUAUGCCGCCACCAAUGCAUGGCAAUCCUCCAACCACAGUUCCAGUGGUUGGUCAUCAUACUUCAGCAGAAGCUGUGGGAUCGGCAAUGGCAAUAGGUGGUGGAUCCAUUCAGUCUACCACAGAGGACAAUCCACUACAUCCAAAUACUCAUCAGAGCUCUGAAGUAAUUAAUGCAAACGGCUGGGAAGACCCUGUGCGUGGUGAUAGCCACAACAGGUGGGGCGUGACUGUUGCAUCCACACAUUCAGAAGCACGCAGCAGUGGAUGGAUGGGCGAGGCACCAAAGGAAGACCACAAUGGAUGCGCUGUGCCUAAUAUGGGGCCAAGUGGCAGUCAAGGUCAUGUAGAAACCCGUUAUGAUAUUCCCCCUGUUUCUGAAACUAGUGGUGGAAAUACUGCAUCAGUCCCAUCAGCUCCAUCAGCUCCACCAAUUCCUGAUGAGGAAUUGGAUGCAGGGCCUCUCCACUAUCCAUCAUUUGAUUUUAGUCUACUGGACUUGUCUGUUCCAGCCAUAGAGCUUGGAGCUUCUGUAACAAGUGAUGUGAACAAAGGAGGUACUUCUUCUUCAUGUAUAAUAUGUUGGGAAGCUCCUGUUGAAGGUGCAUGCAUUCCUUGCGGUCACAUGGCUGGUUGUAUGACUUGUUUGAGUGAGAUCAAAGCUAAGAAAGGUGUUUGCCCGAUUUGCCGAUCCAAUAUAAACCAGGUUACAAGGCUUUAUGCUGUCUGAAAAGUGGACCUGAGAAAAAAGGAUCUGGCAUUGAUUUGUAAAAAUGUUUGGUUUGAUCUUUACAUCUCUGAUGUGUGAGCUUGUUCUAAAUAUUAAUUACAUUUAGACUAAAGGUGCAACUCAAAGAUGCAACAAGGCACUUCUUGCUAAUUGACAGUAACCUAAGUGCAGCAUGGACUAUGAAUAUCGAACUCUGCUUUGUGAGGUUUCCCUAUGGAUUAUCUUGUGGCUACCCAACACAAGAAGUACACCGUGACAAGAAAUCCAAUGCUAUCCGUGGCAUCAAGGAGACCAUCAUAUGUCACCUCACCUUGGAACUGAAGGGCAUGGACGCUUAAUCCCUACUUAAUUCACAGGUUGGUUUUUUUGCAUAUUAUUCGUUGUUUGUUUGGUAACUGAACAUUCGUUGUAAAUAAAGAAUCGUGUUGUAAAUGUUCAAUGGAAAGUAUACCAAAUGAUGGAUCCAUAUUUUGUUUCUUC